AUGCCGGAAUCGAGCUUGUACGGUACGGAGACUCCCCCGACAGAUUGGGAAACAGACGACGUGGAUACGUCCGAAGAUGAGUUGGCUUCUGCUGCGGGAAAUUCCCAUGGACCAAAGGCUCGCAGUACGACCUCGUACAGUACCCCCAGUGUCAGAUCGCGGCAUCUCAUCAACAGUCCGAAACCGCCUGCGCCCAAAGCUAUAUCAGCAUGCCUCGUCGACCCAUUCGAGACAUUGCCCAUCGAGGUAGAUGGAGUGACAAACCAGCUCCUUCACUUCUACGGCCAGAACAGCUACUGGCAAACUGCCUAUGCCCUGUCUCCCAAGAUAAAACCCUCGAUCAAAGGAUCCUGGGAGUAUCAAGCGGGCUCAUGUUUGACUCAUUUCCAUACGUUGAUGGCUCGUUCAGCACUGCACCAACUGCGCAUGAAUGCCAAAUACGCCACGCCGGCCACUAAGAAGGCCCUGGAGUAUGCGGCAUUGAAGCACCAGACCAAAGCAAUCACAAUUCUUCGGGAAAACGUGGAACUUGGCUCCAACGCCGAUCUCAAACUGAUCUUGACGUCCAUCAUCAGUCUCGCGUCGUUUGAGCAACGAUAUGGAGAGCGUGAGAGGGCUGUGCUUCACUUUAGGACCGGAAGGGAUAUCAUCCGUCAGAUCGGCCUGCAAGACGGCCUCCACGAUCGGUUGAGAGAGGAACAGGCGCUUUGGUUCGAGGGGAUCUAUCGGGACCCCGAGGCGAGCUGGAUGUGGGGUGGAGAAGACGCAAAUAUGCGACUGGGGUGGCUAAAGUCUCUCCUCAGAGACGUCGAUCGGAUAUGGAAAGAUAGGCAGUUGUUGCCCCUGAAAGACAAAGGCCCCUACGUCGUUGAGGAUUUGAGGGUACAUGAGUUCCUGUUCCGGGAGACAACAGGGAAGAGUGUGAGUGUCUAUGGCGACAUCGAUGAGUUCAUCGCACAGCAACGGUGCGUCCUGAUCCUCAUUUCGAUCAUGUGCGGAGUCCUCGGAGUAUUGGCAGGGCAGACUCACCUAAAAUUGGUGUCCAAGAUGAUGGCACUGCAGGUCGCAAUCCAAGCCUAUGUCGGGUACAUUGAAGAUUUGUUGGUCGAGCAUGAUCUAGGCAAAGAGCAAGCGGUGGCCGAUCUGCUUUGGAUGAUGUGCCAGAACUAUCGCGAUGCAAAGCCACGCUUGGCGAGUGCUGGGACAGUGAUGGUGCGAGAUGCCCUGCAAAAAUUGAACUUGCGGGAUUGUCACUGGUGUGCUAGCGGGAUUGCCAACCUGGUGAAGUAUCUUCCUCAAACCCGGCAGUUGAGUUUGAGGAAUAUGCUUCUCGACUUCAUCAGUGGCGAACCAUAUUCGGGCAAGAUCAAGUUCAACGAAUUCGAGUUCAGCUAUGUCGGCGCCUGA